AUGUCAUUUGAGGUACCCGGCAUUGGUCUUAAAAUCAACGGUAAACUGACGCAAGGAGAAAAUAUUGCCGACAAUGGUGGAGCUUACAAAGCUUACCUGGAAAAGCAUGGUGGAGAAGAAGAGAGAAUCAACGGCAUGGAACGAUAUAACAACGAGCAGAUGUUCUUCUUAGGCUAUGCUACGAUGUGGUGUGGGCAUUUCACAAAUGACAAGCUGAUUAACAGAGUUCUUAUUGACCCUCACGCUCCUCAGCGUCAUCGGGUUAAUCAGAUGCUAGCCAAUCAAUCCGAAUUUGCUGCUGCUUUCGAAUGUGAGGAGGGCAGUGCCAUGAAUCCCACUGAACGCUGCGCUGUCUGGUGA